AAAAGCCCGGCGGCGGCGGCGGCGGCGGCGGCGGCGGCGGCGGCGGCGAGGGGCCCUGGCAGCUGCGCGGGGACAGGAGGCGUGGGAAAAGAGCUCCGUGUUUCUAUCCAACUAGUCAACGUUGCAUCGUCAAGGGAAAAGGAAGGUGUGUUGGAGCUGAUCAAGGGCGGAGAUGGUUAAUUCUAAAGGAAAGAUCACUGACUCAGAUCCUGUAUCCAAUCAUCUGUUACUAAAUGGACUUGCGGAUAAGGCAGAGAAAAAUCAGGAAAUGGGACUCGAGAAAAGCCUAUGUAGCCAGUAUGAGGAAAAAGUGCGCCCCUGCAUUGACCUCAUCGACUCCCUUCGUGCCCUGGGCGUGGAGCAGGACCUGGCCCUGCCCGCCAUCGCUGUCAUUGGAGACCAGAGCUCGGGCAAGAGCUCAGUGCUGGAGGCCCUGUCAGGGGUCGCCCUUCCCAGAGGCAGCGGUAUUGUCACAAGGUGUCCUCUGGUGCUGAAGCUGAAGAAGCUCAUGAAUGAGGAUGAAUGGAGAGGCAAAGUCAGCUACCAGGACUUUGAGACGGAGAUUUCAGACCCUUCGGAGGUGGAGGAGGCAAUCAAUACAGCCCAGAAUGCCAUCGCUGGGGAAGGACUGGGGAUCAGUCAUGAGCUAAUCAACCUGGAGGUCAGCUCCCCUCAUGUCCCGGAUCUGACCCUGAUAGACCUCCCUGGCAUCACCAGGGUGGCUGUGGGCAAUCAGCCGGCUGACAUCGGACGCCAGACCAAGCAACUCAUCAGGAAGUACAUCGUUAAGCAGGAGACAAUCAACCUGGUGGUGGUCCCUUGCAAUGUGGACAUCGCCACCACAGAGGCACUGAGCAUGGCUCAGGAGGUGGACCCCGAUGGAGACAGGACCAUAGGCAUCUUGACAAAGCCUGACCUGGUGGACAGAGGCACCGAAGACAAGGUGGUCGACGUGGCACAAAACCUCGUCUGUCACCUGAAGAAGGGCUACAUGGUCGUCAAGUGCCGGGGCCAGCAGGACAUCCAGGACCAGCUGAGCCUGGCCGAGGCUCUGGAGAAAGAGAGAGUCUUCUUUGAGGACCACCCACAUUUCAGGGUUCUCCUGGAGGAAGGAAGGGCCACCGUGCCCUGUCUGGCGGACAGACUGACCACUGAACUCAUCAUGCACAUCUGCAAAUCUCUGCCCCUGUUAGAGAAUCAAAUAAAGGAGAAUCAUGAGAAAAUAACAGAGGAAUUACAAAAGUAUGGCUCAGAUGUACCAGAAGACGAACACGAAAAAAUGUUUUUUCUGAUCGAUAAAAUCAAUGCAUUUAAUCAUGACAUCACCUCUUUAAUACAAGGGGAGGAGUCUGUGGGGGAGGGUGAGAGUCGGCUGUUCACCAAAAUCAGACAUGAAUUCCACAAGUGGAGCACCGUGAUUGAAAAGAAGUUCCAGAAAGGGUACAAAGCGAUAUAUAAAGAAAUUGAGAAAUUUGAAAAUCGGUAUCGGGGCAGAGAGCUGCCGGGAUUUGUCAAUUACAAGACAUUUGAGAUUAUUAUCAAACAGCAAAUCAGAGAGCUGGAGGAGCCAGCUGUCGACAUGCUGCGCACGGUAACUGAUAUGGUCCAGCUUGCCUUUGCAAAUAUUUCGAAAGGAAACUUUGAUGAAUUUUUCAACCUCUACAGAACAACCAAGUCCAAAAUCGAAGACAUUAAGUUUGAACUGGAAAACGAAGCGGAGAAGUCGAUCCGACUUCACUUCCAAAUGGAGCAGAUUGUCUACUGUCAGGACCAGAUCUACCAGCGGGCACUGCAGAGGGUUAGGGAGAGGGUUUCGGAGGAGGAGAAGAGGAAUAAAAAAACAAACAGUCCGAUCUCUGAAGAAGUUUCUUCAGGGAGCGUCUCCUUGUGUGAAAUCUUUGAGCACCUGCUGGCCUACCGCCAGGAGGCCGCCAACCGUAUCUCCAGCCACAUCCCCCUGAUCAUCCAGUACUUCAUCCUGCAAGUGUACGGCCAGCGGCUGCAGAAGAAUAUGCUGCAGCUGCUGCAGGACAAGGAGACCUACAGCUGGCUCCUGAAGGAGCGCAGCGACACCAGCGACAAGAGGAAGUUCCUGAAGGAGCGGCUCGCUAGGCUGGCCCAGGCUCGGCGCCGCCUGGCCAAGUUCCCGGGUUAAGUCCAGCUCCCUGUCCCGCCCGCAUCUCCAGGACCCGCCCCCAGCCCCGCCCUCAGCCCCCGGACGCGUGGGGGAGCCCCGCCCUCAGCCCCGCCCCAGCCCCGGACGCGUGGGAGGACCCGCUCUCAGCCCCGCCCCCAG